AUGUUCAAUGGAUACAACAACGCGUACACGAAACCCAACCCUACUUACGAGUUUUCAGGGAUGAAAACGGACCAGUACAGCGGUAAUUACAGUAGUAAUGAUGAAGAUCAGAUUCGUUAUCCAAGGGCAUCAAACGAGUCCCAUACCUCGCUGUCUAGACCACCUGCAACGGCGUUUAGCUCGAACUAUAUGAGGGAACAGGGCUCACAUCCAUCUCUGCAAGGACAUCUCCAAAAUCAAGUGGAAUCUGUGGGCGGUGGGUUUGCUGAUGUGCCCAGUUUGUCGUAUCCGUCCACUCCAACCACGUCCCAGCAAAACUAUACAUCUCCAAAUAACCAAAACGUCAUGAACACACCACCAGCGGUAGGCACUUUUGGCAACGGCAACAACGCGGCCCCUAGUCUCUAUAGCCACGGCAACAACUCCCAGAGUAACUUGCGCAACAACGUCUAUCCAAACCUUCAAGUCUCACCGGGCCAGUAUUCCGUGACAUCGGACUACAUGCCCGAAAAUCACACCUUACAGAGUCCUCAGCAUCUCUCUCAGUAUAAUAACACUAGGCAGAGUCCACAGCAUAGUACGCCCUUCCAGGCUAUGGCCAGUCCUCAGCAUGCGCAGCAGUACGGUUCGAACGCCAGCGUACACCAGCAAAGCCCGGUCAGAGGCCUCCAGGGCCUGCCAAACAGUGACUCGCAGCAACGUCUUUCUGCUGCUGCUCCACCUGCUUCGAACUACAUGUACUUCGAAAGACGGCCCGAUCUGCUCUCAAAGUCCACUCAGGACAAAGCCGCGACAGUCAAGCUAAAAAUUGAGAACUUUUACCAGUCUUCCGUUAACUAUGCCAUAGAACGCAAUCAAAGGCGUGUAGAGCUUGAGAAUCAACUGGUUUCGCAAGACUGGUCCGAUGAACGCAAAAGCAGACAGCUUUCCACGUUGGGCAAAAAAGAAUCACAGUUUCUGCGACUACGUCGUACUCGACUUUCUUUAGAAGAUUUCCAAACCGUGAAAGUGAUCGGUAAAGGUGCAUUCGGUGAAGUAAGACUGGUCCAGAAACGAGACACGGGCAAAAUUUAUGCGAUGAAGACGCUACUGAAAUCAGAAAUGUACAAAAAGGAUCAGUUGGCGCAUGUUAAGGCAGAAAGAGACGUUUUGGCCGGAAGCGAUUCGCCUUGGGUGGUAUCGCUGUAUUAUUCCUUUCAAGAUACUCAGUAUCUGUAUCUCAUCAUGGAAUUUCUGCCUGGCGGUGAUUUAAUGACUAUGCUUAUUAGAUGGCAAAUCUUCACGGAAGAUGUCACCAGAUUUUAUAUGGCAGAGUGCAUUUUGGCCAUUGAGGCCAUUCAUAAACUUGGCUUCAUCCACAGAGACAUCAAGCCAGACAACAUAUUGAUCGAUAUACGAGGCCAUAUUAAACUAUCCGAUUUUGGACUUUCCACUGGUUUCCACAAGACUCAUGACUCAAAGUAUUAUAAAAAGCUUCUACAGCAAGAUGAAGUGAACGCAGCAGCAGGCAACCUCCAAAAACCACAAAUGGGAAUCACUGCCAACAGUUCAGGUAAAAACCGUAACACCAUGUUUGUGGAUGCCAUUCAUUUGACCAUGACCAACAGGCAGCAGAUACAAACGUGGAGGAAAUCGCGUAGGCUAAUGGCAUAUUCGACAGUUGGUACACCUGACUACAUUGCGCCUGAGAUUUUCUUGUAUCAAGGCUACGGCCAAGAAUGCGAUUGGUGGUCCCUGGGCGCGAUCAUGUACGAAUGUCUGAUUGGGUGGCCACCGUUCUGUUCUGAAACACCUCAAGAGACUUACCGUAAGAUCAUGAACUUUGAGCAGACCUUGCAGUUCCCAGACGACAUUCACAUCUCGUAUGAAGCUGAAGACUUGAUCCGCCGGUUCUUAACACAUGCAGAUCAAAGACUCGGCAGACACGGUGGGGCUGAUGAGAUCAAGAACCAUCCCUUUUUCCGUGGUGUUGAUUGGAACAGUAUACGGUUAGUGGAAGCGCCUUACAUUCCAAAACUAAGCAGCAUUACGGAUACUCGGUUUUUCCCCACAGACGAGCUGGAAAAUGUACCGGACAGUCCAGCUAUGGCUCAAGCUGCCCGCCAAAGAGAGCAGAUGAUGCAGCAAGGCGGUGCUGCUGGCAAUCCGGUGAGCAAAGAGGACUUGCCCUUCAUCGGGUACACCUAUUCGCGUUUCGAUUAUUUGACGCGGAAAAACGCAUUGUAA